UAUCAUACAUUUCAUUUAACACAAAAGGUAAGCGCCAACACCAGUGAACUUCAUUUAAUUUUUCCUUAUUUUCCAUUCUUUUUCUUGCUCACUGCCCAAUGCACUACUCUGAAAUCCCUCUUUUCCCAUGAAACCCUCUUCCAAAUCAGGUUCCUUCUCCUCCUACUCAACUUCCACCACGCUCACCUACACCUACCACUAUGACCACACUCCACCCCCACGCGCCAAUUCCACUCCUCAACCAUCCCCCUCCCCCUCCGCCGCCGCAGCCACCAUCCAAUCUGCCUACCGCGCCCACCGCAUUCGGGCCCUCUACCGGAAAAUAGCUGCGGUCGACUCCGAAGCCGACCGGCUGCAGCGCCUGAUCCAGCGACAGGACACGGUGGACGCCGUGCGCACCGACCAUCUGGAGAAGCUCAGAAUGAACGAGGCGCUCAUGGCCCUGCUGCUGAAGCUGGACUCUGUGCCCGGCAUUGAUCCGACGGUCAGGGAUGCGCGAAGGAAAGUCACCCAUCGGAUCGUGGGCCUCCAGGAGAUACUGGACUCUGUAUCGGAGAGCCAGAUUGAUGAGUCCGGCUGGUGGUCCAUGAAGAAUUGGGACGAAGUAUUGGCCGACAUGGAAGAAAGUAUUUGUCGCGAAAGAGGCGGUGAUGAAAUGGAACGGUUUUGCGCUCAAAAUCUCGGCUUUCGCUGCCUACAGAGGUUUCUUCGUGAACCUUGAUUCGCACCUUUCGUAAUCUAUGCAUGCUCACAUACGCAUUCUCUUAUGUAUUGUGAUUGUAUAAUAUAAUUGUAAUUUUUUUUAUAGCAUAAUGUAACAUAAUUUCCAUGUUUACCCAAUACCUACCUCAAAAACUUUGUACUUUUGGUGGCUAUAGAAUAUAGGAAAUACAGGGGCUGAAAUUAAUAUGGUCUGAAGGAAUUAAUAUAAUGCCAAGUUGCUUUGGUGUAAAUGGUAACAAUCUGUUUCA